AUGGUCGACUGUAUCAGAGUACUCAAAUCGUUCAUGGUAUCUCCUGCGCAUCCUGCCUUCAGGCGACACGAGGGCUUUACCUCGGAUUUUUACUCACUUCACUACAUUCUGUUCACAGAAUUUUCCCUGCUCGGUAAGCAUUCGAUCUCAUUUUUUUCUUAA